AAACAGUCAACAAAAAACCAAAACUCAACCAACAUGGAACACCAACAACAACAACAACAGCAACAACAGCAACAUCACCAUCAACAACAACAAUAUCAACAACAUCCAUAUCAGCAGCAGCUUCAGCAUCAAUAUCAACAACAACAGCAAUAUCAACAACCUCCCCAGCAGUAUCAACAACAACAACAGCAGCACUAUCUGCAGCAGCCUCAGCACUACCAGCAACAACAACAACAACCAAGAUCAGAAGUCAUCCUCACAGACCAAAUCGACCAACUAGAUCAACAGCUACAAGCCACCUUUCGCUCCAUCGCCAAUAUCAUCAACUACAACCUCCAACUCAGAAAACUCAACAUCACACCCUUUAUCCAAUCAAACCAAAACCAUCUACCACCAAAAGAACUACUAGAACAACUCAAACAAAACCUCAACGGAUUCGAUGGCACCCUACUACAGAUCGAAAAGAUCGCAACCGUGGCAAUCGCAAUCACCAAACGAGACCUCGAUCACGCAAUCCAAUCACAACCACCACCAGCACCACCACCAACAACAACAGUAACCGAUCAAAAUCAGAUGGAAAUCGAACUCAUCUCAAAUCAACAUCAACAAACACCAAGCACUCAACAGCAACCCAUCAUCAUCGAACAAGAACCAGAAGUAGAAAUCCUAAACAACCCAAAGACUCAUCCCCAGACCAGCCUCACCCAACCCAUCGAUCUCACCUCAUCACAAUCACCAUCACCUCAACCACCCAAUCCGAUCGAACAAACAACAACACCAACUCAAGAUCCUCGACCAUCAGAACAACCAUCCGGAGCAGAUAAGCUGAUCCCACCACCAGACCAACCCGAAAUCGACAAUCAGACCAAGCCAGAAGCUCAAAAUCAAGGCCCGAUCGAGAUCGAUCUCGAACGCGACUCGAGCCCAGAAACCGCACUCAACAACGUCUCCCCCGUUAAAGCUACCUCUAAAGAAGGCAGUAGCAGUAGUAGUAGUGCAGCCUGUAGUCCGACGAGUGCUAAUCCGAGUAACGAGAGGCCAGGCACGGCGACGAUGGACUUGAAAUCAGCCUCCGAUCUCACCGAUGGCGACCUCUUUGGCGACGGCAGUCUCUUCGGGAGUAGCCAUCAUGGAUCCGUCGUCCCCUCCCCACUCAACCAACAUGCACAUGUCACCAUCCCUCCAACCGCAACCGAGAAAGAUCCAAAUAACGAGCUUCAAAACGUGCAGACUACCGUCCCAUCUCAAGGCUCUAAUGAGACACAGACUGAUCGACCACCCGCGAUUCCCAUCAUGGCAUCUCAACAACAACAGAGUUCCACAACAGACCCGUCUGCUCAGCUAUCAGUCCCAGCCCAGGACCAAAACCUCUUAUCGACGACGACGUCUCUGACCAACACGGGCUCGCUCGACAGCUCGAGCUCGAUGGACAUGAUCACCACUCAAGCCGACCUGUCCGCCUUCCUCUCCAGCUUCUCCCACUCGCCCUCUCUCCCGCAUUCUGGCGGGCCCAGUCAGACCGCUUCCCCCGCUAAACGGACCCUCGAACAGGUGCCCGGAUUGAUCGGCUUGGGCAUCGACCUCGCCUUCCCGUCCUCCUCCUCCUCUAACACUCAUAAUAAUAAUAAUCGAUUGAGUACCGAGCCUGUUUCCAAUAAUCCGCUCUUCUCUUCUCUCACCAACAACAACAACAAUAACACCCAUCUCAACAUUAAUCCUCUAGUUUCCAAUGCCCAUCAUCUCGCUCUGCCGACUACUUCCUUCAACAAUACUACUACGCCUUCUUCGUCCUCUACGUCCCCUGCUGCUGCUGCUGCUUCGUCGGCUUCUUCUGCAGAUCCAGCGGCGCUCCCGACGCCCUCUCCCCUCGCCCAUCUUCCCACCCCUUCCUCUAAUAAUAAUAACAACGGUGCUGUGACUAAUCUUAAUCCGGUCGACUUCGAAGCUAUGUUCGCUAAUAUUCAGUCUCACCUUCCUCCCUCUUAAUCUCAUCCUUUCUCUUUUAUACAAACUCACAUUUGUUGUUGUACUUCUUCUAUUGUUCUUUCGUAAUGAUCUUCAUAGAGAAUUCUAACCUGAAUCUCACUUUUCAAAUUUCUAUCAUCUCAUACAUCAACCUCAA